AUGUCCCGCGACGAAGACAAGGCAGCGUUCACUGAUGUGGUUGACGAGAAGGGCGAACGGGUCGAUGAGAUCGAGGAGGUCAAACCGCAACAGAGCAAAAUUGGCUCGCCGGAGGAGAGGAGAUUGGUCAAGAAGCUCGACGGUCGCAUCAUGCCUAUUGCAUGCAUCCUCUAUCUCUUUGCAUACUUGGACAGAUCGAACCUGGGAAAUGCGAGACUGCAGGGCUUACCGGAAGACGCUCUCGGUGGGGACCCCACCGGCGUGCUCUACGGCUGGGUCAACACCGCAUUCUUCAUCUCAUACAUUAUCUGCCAAAUUCCCGCGACGGUGAUCUCGAAGCUCUUCCCGCCGCGGACGUGGAUCGGCUGCUUUGCCGUAGGCUGGGGCAUCUGCGCUACUCUUUCGGCUGCCGCCUUCAACUUUGCCGGGCUCGUCUGCGCGCGCCUUGGCCUCGGAUUCUUCGAGGCAGGCUUUGGGCCGGGUAUUCCUCUUUAUAUGUCGCUCUUCUACACGAAAGAAGAGAUGGGCAUGCGGAUGGCGUACUGGUUUGGCUUCGCGGCCGUCGCAGGCGCAUUCGGCGGGCUCAUCGCGUUUGGGAUCCAGCAUGUCCACGCGGCGAUUGCGAACUGGCGGCUGCUGUUCAUUAUUGAGGGCGCGCCGACGAUCGUGCUCGGGUUCCUGACGAUGUUCUUUCUGCCCAAUAGGCCGGAGGAGACAAAGUUCUUGACGGAGGAUGAACGGCAAAUUGCUGUGGAGCGGAUGAACCGAGGGAUUUCGAGCGAUGUGGGAAGGGUGGUGAAGAAGAGUCAUAUCAUUGCGGCGUUCAUGGACUGGAGGAUCUACGCUGCAGGCGUUCUCUACUUCGGCGCCAACUGCGCCCUUGCGUCUAUCUCUGCCUUCCUGCCGACUAUCAUUGAGACGUUCGGGUACACAAAUGCGCUUGCGCAGCUCCUGACCGUACCGCCGUACGCGGUCGCUGCCGUGUUCAUGUGCUUGAACUCGUAUGCAUCUGAUCGGCUGCAAAGCCGUGGCUUGUUUGUCGCAUAUGUCAGCGCUGUCGGUGGAAUUGGCUACCUUCUGCUCCUCGCUGUUGAUCAUAACGUUCACGUCCGCUACUUUGCUGUCUUUUGUAUCACGAGCGGCACGUACACUGUCAUCGGGAUCGUCAUCGCUUGGUUUGCACACAAUCUUGGGUCGGAAACGAAGAAGGCGACAGGUAUCCCGAUGUACAUGGCUAUCGGCCAGUGCGGGAGUAUAUUGGGCUCGAAAAUCUACCCAUCUACAGAGUCGCCGCGGUAUGUCAAAGGCCUUGCAGUAUGUUGUGCACUGCUCUUUGUUUCCUCCAUCGUGGCCGUCAUCCUCUCAAUAUCCUACCGUCUCGAGAACAGGAGAAGAGACAAGUUAUAUGGCAAGCCCGACCCGGAUGCGAUGGUCGACACAUCCGAGCUGGCAGACAAUGCACCAGACUUCCGCUAUGUCCCAUAA